AUGUACGAUUCAAAAAGCAAUUCAGCUCUUAACAAUGCUAUACUUAACUCACCUCACCCCACGAUGCAACAACAAGACAGUAACUCAGAUGUAAACCGCUUCUUCAAUGUUGUGGAUCUUGUACUACCUACUGGUUUUUCUAACAUGUCUUGGGGCACGGACCAAAUAUUCGACUUUAACAACGGCAGCGAGUAUCCAUUCCCACAAAGCCAAUCCCAUGCUUCCUCCUUCGACAUCGCACCAGGUCAGGCUCCUGCUUUAUUCAUGACAGGGUUUACACUCCAGAAUAUGCUGCCUUUCAACAAUAGUCGGGUACUACCCACGGGCUCAUUUGCUGGUCGAACAGCCGCUCCUAGUGCUUUGCUCAACACUACCAGCUCAGGCUACAACACCCGUCAAGUCACAGGACCGUCAGCACAAAAGAUACCAUCAGACAUGUCCUCCGAAAAUACCGAGUCCAAUGCAGAUCCCGCCCCCAAGAAGCCACGAAAGCAACGAAAGAAGCGCAGUAAGGAGAUGAGCCAAGCGGAAGCAGAGGAGAAGCGCCAAAAGUUUCUAGACCGAAACAAGGUUGCUGCUCACAAGUGCCGUCAACUGCUGCGUGUCAUCCUCCUUCCGAUGACUACGAUCCAGCACACUCCGCUCUUAUGA